AUGGCUUUCACCACCAAGGCCUCCAUCGCCAACUUCGGCGGCCGGCUCCUCAAGCUGAGCCACAAGUCGGCCACCACCGGCACCGACAUGGCCGUCUCGGUCUUCCUGCCGGCCCAGGCCCUCGCCGGCAGCCGCGUCCCCGUCCUCAUCUACCUCUCCGGCCUGACCUGCUCGCCGGACAACUGCUCCGAGAAGGGCUUCUUCCAGCACGGCGCCGCCCGCCACGGCGUCGCCCUCGUCUGGCCCGACACCUCGCCCCGCGGCCUGAACCUGCCCGGCGAGAAGGACUCGUGGGACUUUGGCGAGGCCGCCUCCUUCUACGUCGACGCCGCCCGCGACCCCUGGUCCGCCAACUACCGCAUGGAGUCGUACCUGACCCAGGAGCUGCCCUCGCUGCUCUUCGGCGGCCAGGCCAAGGCCGGCUUCGAGGGCGCCGACAGCCUCGACGGCGGCCGCGUUUCCAUUACCGGCCACUCCAUGGGCGGCCACGGCGCCCUGACCCUCUACCUCAAGCACCCGGGCAUGUACAGGAGCGUGAGCGCCUUCGCGCCCAUCGCCAACCCUUCGCAGUGCCCCUGGGGCGAGAAGGCCUUCACCGGCUACCUGGGCGAGGACCGCGAGGAGUGGAAGAAGCACGACGCCACCGAGCUGGUCAAGGGCUGGAAGGGCGGCGACCUCAAGAUGCUGAUCGACGUGGGCACCGGCGACAACUUUUACAAGCAGAAGCAGCUGCUCCCCGAGAACUUCGAGCAGGCCGUCAAGGGCGCCGGCCUCAGCGGCCUGACGCUUCGCUACCAGGAUGGCUACGACCACUCGUAUUUCUUCAUGUCGUCCUUCAGCGACGAUCACGUCGCCCACGCAGCCAAGUAUCUCAACGCUUGA